AGGUAUGCUGAUAUAGAUUAAUUAUAUUUCCGUCGGAUUCAGCAGUGAUUUGCUUAAUUGGUAUUGGCGGUUUCAUUGGAGUGGUGCGAAGAAGAUGUGGGCGCGCUGCUACGGAUCUCGCAAUUAGAUUUCCUGCUGUUCACCGUUUCAGGAAGCGUCGCGGAAAAGUUGCAGGAGUAGAGAGAGAGAGAGAGAUUUGAAAUGGUGUUUCCUGUAAGACCAGUUUGUGCAGCAUCCCGUUAGAUGGCCGAUUCGAAAAUGGGCCGGGGCUUCGAGUCUGCGGCGAGAGGAAAUUCAUCUUGUCGGCGCGGAGCGAAAAAUCGAUAGGUCGGUCGGUUUUCCGUCUUUAUCCAGAAAAAGAGGAGGAAGAGGUGACGGCGGCGGCGGAGGAGGUGUACUGCAUAUUCGCAUCCCGUGCUACGAAUCCUGCUCUCGUCCGUGCUCCGUCCGAACAGCAAAAGCAAGAUGAUGAUGGGUCCCGAAACAACAACGUGCGCCCGAGAAGAUAUAUUUAUACAUCUCGCGAGUUAAACGGCAGCAAUUUUAAAAUUAAAACUACCGAACAAACAAGCCUUCCUCCUCCGUGCCGUGCGGAUUUACAUGACAAUUUCGCGCAUCCAGGCCCCCCCGUACGCAUCGUAACCAGUUGCCGGUGGUCGUACUAAAGUUCUUCAAAUUAAACCAGAAUAAUAAUAAUAAAAAUAGUUGUGCGUUGUUGAAGAUGAUGAUGAUGAUCGUAGAGUGGUCAUCUCCUGCGGGAAGUGUGGAUGUGUAGGCUGCAUCGUAAGGAGUGCGCGCGGACGACGGGACAUAGCAUAGAUGAGUAUGAGCGUGAUGCUGGUGAUGGUUGAGGUGCUGUAGUAGUUCCGAGCGUCUGGGUGUACAACCGGAGGGUUCGUUAACUGCAUCGCGAUACCCUUUGGCAUUUUCGGCCGGAAUGGACAAAAGCGUUUGGCCAAAAUCCAAAACUCAAAAUUAGAUUACGAGACAUUGUACGGGAAAAAAAAAGGAAAACGCGGAAAACCAUAAACAUGCGAGGAGCGAACAAGUUCGGUGCUUUCGAUUGAAGACAAAAUAGACUCGAAUUGAACAUACAAAAAUCUCUAAAUCAUGGCCGCCGAUAAACAUUUGCUGCUGCUCAUAAUUUAUUUGGUGCUAAGCAACGGUGUUGCUGCGGAUGAUGAUAAGCAGGAUAACAAGGACAGGAGGAACACGGUCACGAAGCAGGACAUCAAUUUCCUGCGAAGGAAGCUGAACGAUGAGAAGAGGCAGCAGAAGGAGCAGGAUCGAAUGGCGAGCGAUGCGAAUCCCAGGAUGGAGCCAAACUUCACCAGCAAGUUCGAUGGCUCGAAGAAGUUGCAGUUGGAGAUACUCAGAGCUAGAGGCUCCGAAUGCGAUUUCGAAGGUAAAUGCACUUGGACCUGGAGGACGGACGUCACUCCGGGGUUCGCAGUCGCCAUAGCCAAUAACACCACCGGACCCAAAACAGAUGCUGACGAUAGGCAUAAUGGUCAUUUUCUGUUGCUUAGGCUGAAAUCUAAGAAGGAAAUGGAUUGGACGGUGACGAGUCCGUUGCUGGAUCCGACUCGAGCCAGCUGCAAAAUUCAAUUCCGGAUGUACCAGGAGAAGAUGAACAGCAGUUUGGUGAGGGUGGUUUUGCAUAACGUGCAUAACGUGAAUAACGUGACCCAAGUUAUGCUGGAGCAGAUACCGGGCGACGAUGCCAGAAGUUGGAUCAAGUACGAGAAGACAAUCGGCACGAUAUCGCAGAAGUUCCAGGUGAUGCUGGAGGUGGUUCAAGCGGGAAAUUACGAAGGAUUGGUGGCGUUCGAUAACAUCAAACUGUUGAAGUGUUACCCGGAGAGGGACAAGAGCGGACCGUGCACCCCGAAUCAAUACCAAUGCAGCAACACGAACGAAUGCAUAAGCAACAGCGAGGUCUGCGACAUCACCAGCGAUUGUCCAAGAGGAGAUGAUGAGACUCAAAAUUGCGAUAAAAUACCGUUUGGUGGUAGAUGCAACUUUGAGCACGGAUGGUGCGGAUGGUACAACAUCGAUGGAAAAGCCUUGGAGUGGAUCAGGUACAACGAAACUACAGCUGCCAACUCUAAUAACACCGUCUUCGAUCACACCUACCGCAAUAGCACAGGUAAAUAUUUAUACGUGAAAGCUGUGAAAGGGAGCAACGCGUCGUUUGCGAGCACAGCAACCCUGAAGAGCGUCAUAUUUAAUCCACCGCCCAGGGUGCACGGAAACACCUCAUCAAGAUAUUACAAUUCCUGCAUGAUCCGCUUUUAUUUGCACCAAUCCAGCAAUCACAAAAGUGGUUUCAUGCUACAAGUCACCGAGCUUCGUCCGAAAGAGAACGUUUCCACCGACCUAUUUUGGAGCUUCAACAGCUUCCCGGAUCCCUGGUUCCGGCAAGUCAUCGUACUACCCAACAUCACCUACAAAUACUUCUUGCAUUUUGAAGUUCGUAAAGGUAUAAUCUUCGUGAACGACAUCGCCAUCGACGACGUCUCACUCAGUCCGGAAUGUUUCGGGCUGAAUAUACCGAGCGAAGAGUUGAAGGGUUACAACUAUUGGGAUCCCAAUACAGAGCCACCUUCGGAAGUCCAGAAAGAUUUUGCCAACGAAACUUAUUAUGAAAUCUCUACUUGCAACGUCUCUGGCAGAUUCGGACCUGUGCAAGAUAACUGCACAACGGCUUACACGGGUACGGAGGUCAUCGUCAGGGUUCUGCGGGAGCCGGGAUUGAACGGAGUGCAGAGAUGGAUCGUCCCCUCCGAUAAUUAUUACACGUUUAUUUUGUAUGGAGCAAGCGGUGGUAAAGGUAGCAGCGGUAUGGGUUCAUCGAAGGGUGCAAUGAUCCGUGUCGUGUUGGAGCUGAGGAAAGGGCAAGAGCUGUACAUGUUGAUAGGACAGGAAGGGACGAGUGCGUGCGUCAAGAUAUUAGGCGACAAGACGAGUUCGGCUUGUCGACCGAUGAGAGGGACUAAUUACGAUAAUAUUUCCGGAAUCCGAGGCGUCCUCAACAUGGAGAUCGCCGAUGGUGGUGGAGGAGGAGGCGGCGCCACAUUCCUCUUCAUUAAAUCAAAGAAAACCAGAGAUUUUAUACCGAUCGCCGUAGCUUCAGGCGGCGGAGGCAUCGGGUUUGGAAAAUUCGAAGAUACCGGUCUCCAGCAUGGACAGGGUAUCAACAACACCAGAGCAGCAAUUUCGGGGAAGAUGUAUGGAGAGAAAUCCGCUGGUUCUGGUGGUGGAUGGGAGCCGUAUCCAGGGAAAAUAGCACUGGAUCAUCAGUCGAGACAGGGUCAAGCCUUCCUCUCCGGAGCAUUCGGAGGCGAAGCCUGCUAUACAUCUACACAAGGACAAGGGAAUGGUGGAUUCGGCGGUGGGGGAGGAGGAUGCGUUUACGGAGGCGGCGGUGGAGGAUAUUCAGGUGGAUCAUCAAAUACAACGAACGGAGAAGGAGGAUAUUCGUAUAUCGAUACAUCGAAAUCCCUGUCGAAUUACUCUCAAGUAGAGUCGGGAUACCAUCGAGGACCUGGAGUAAUCUUCAUCAUUCCCGCAGUGCCAGGAUGCUUAUGCGAUUACAGAUGUUUGGCGCUCGAUGCAAAGCGUUCAUUAACGACGUGCAUAUGUCCAAAAACGUGGAUUCUGGACGAUAAUGGAAGGACCUGCUUGCCAAGCGAUAACGGACAAAGUUAUCCAGCUUGGUACACCCAUGUGCUCGUUGUCGCCGUUGCAGUUGUGACUAUAACCAUUGGAUGCAUCUGCUUUGGAAUGUAUAAUCGUUACCAGAAGAGGACAGAAGAGGUGAUGCGCCGAAAAAUGCUCACUGGUCCGGAUUUGCAGUUGAAUCGUCUUCGAAUUGCUUCGGACAGCAUGAUGACAGAAUACAAUCCGAAUUACGAGUUCGGAGGUGUCAUUUACACGUUGAAAGAUCUUAAGGAUAUACCUCGGGAUCAGCUGAGAUUGGUUAAGGCCCUCGGACAAGGUGCUUUUGGAGAGGUAUAUCAGGGUUUCUAUAGGCAAAGAUCCGGCGAUACGGUGGAGCUUCCUGUCGCUGUGAAAACUUUACCGGAGAUGUCAACGAAUCAGGCGGAAAUGGAUUUCCUGAUGGAGGCGCUGAUAAUGUCCAAGUUCAACCAUCCGAACAUCGUGCAUUUCAUCGGAGUUUGCUUCGAUAAGCAUCCGCGGUUCAUCGUGCUCGAAUUACUCGCCGGAGGUGACCUGAAAAACUUCCUAAGAGAGUCGCGACCGAAGCCGGAGAGGGGAAGUCCACUAUCCAUGAAGGAUUUGGUUCUGAUCUCUGUAGAUGUCGCGAAAGGUUGCAAAUAUCUUGAAGAUAACAGGUUCAUCCAUCGGGAUAUUGCGGCUAGGAACUGUUUGUUGACCACGAAAGGUCCAGGUCGUGUUGUGAAAAUCGCAGAUUUCGGAAUGUCACGGGAUAUCUACAGGUCUGAUUACUAUAGGAAAGGUGGUAAAGCGAUGCUUCCGAUCAAAUGGAUGCCUCCGGAGGCUUUCCUCGAUGGUAUAUUCACGAGUAAAACAGAUGUUUGGUCGUUCGGUGUACUUCUUUGGGAGAUAAUGUCUAUGGGUUACAUGCCUUAUACAGGAUGCGCGAAUCGGGAUGUUAUGCAGCUGGUGACGAGCGGCGGGAGGUUGGAGCCUCCGGCCAAUUGUCCUGGACCGAUCUACGGUAUCAUGACCCAAUGCUGGCAUCCGACUCCCGAACAAAGACCCACGUUCACGUUGAUUUUGGAGCGGCUAGGCUAUUGUGUACAGGAUCCGCAGGUCAUGAGCGCUCCUCUACCCAUCUUCAAUCGUCCGCCUUCGCACGAAAGGGAUGCCACCGUCAUGAGACCCAACUCAUCCGACGACAAUUGUCUGCAGGUUCCACAAUCUGCAGACUACCUGAUACCAAAUCAUACGCCAAUACCGGUGCCGCAGCAUCAACCCACAGGAUCGACAUCCUCGAUAGAUAAACUGUUACCUGAGAAGUUCGAGAGCUGGGAGACAUCAUUCGUUCUACCACAAUCGAAAUCGACGCAGCCUCUACUACAAGAAUCCGAGGUCAACAGCGAGGAAGCACUGGAUUUGAUCGAUGCCGAAGAGGUCAAUCAUAAACAGCAACAAGCCUCGUCCAUAUCAGCGAAAGCCGACUCCAAUCUAAACUCGGGCAUCUCCUUGGACGCAGCGGCUUUGGCAAAGCAGGCCAAGUACGCGAACGUAAAACCCAAGGGCGAGUUAACGGGAAACGGGAUCGUGCAGAACGGAACCUUCCCGAAUCCAUCUUCGAACUACAAAAACACAUCGGAGAUUAGCUGUUAAGCGCAGUGAUUAUUAUUUAUUCAUUUGAAGAAAACCCCAACAAAAAUAAUAGUUUCGUUUUAUUUUCUUCUUUGUUUUUUUUUGUUUCUUCAAAAGUUAACGCUUGAUCUUGUUGGCUUCGAGGAAUUAUUUUGUGGUGUGGUUUAGGAGCGGCAGGGAAAACGGAAAG